CGAUUUUGCAACUCGGUGUAAUCACUUGUUUGGGCGCCUUCUGUUCAGACUGGACUUGCAGUACCAGCACCGACGCAUGUCGUUUUGGGUUAACUUUUGUGGAUCUCCAGUAGCUACGGACGGAGUUAUUUUUUACUGCCUAUUGGAAAUGAAGGAAGAAUUUAGCCCGGAUUAACACGGUGCGCCGUUUUUUUUGUAGAAAUUCAAUUGAGGAGGGGGGGGAAACAGGAAAGCCGUCCGUAUUUUUAGCCAUUUCGGGUAGUUUUGACAAUGAGCGACAACAAACAUCCUCACGUUAUCUUCUGCAACGACUCGCCAAAGAGAGUCCUGGUGUCGGUCAUCAAGACCACCCCGAUCAAGCCCCAGAAGGUGGAGACCAUGACGCCUGCGAGCCCGGGAUUCAGCGACUUCAUGGUUUACCCGUGGAAAUGGGGGGAGAACGCCCACAAUGUUACACUGAGCCCGGGCUCGCUGAGUGGUGCUUCGUCUCCAGGCGGUACGGCCGGAGACGCCGACGCGGCUACUUCACCCGACCAGAACAAGGAUGGCAUCCGCAGAGGGCGCCCUCGAGCCGACACCGUUAGGGAGCUGAUUAGCGAGGGGGAGACGUCCUCCAGUCGCAUCCGCUGCAACAUCUGUAACCGGGUGUUUCCCAGAGAAAAGUCUCUCCAGGCCCAUAAGAGAACGCACACGGGUGAGCGACCCUAUUUGUGUGACUACCCUAACUGCAGCAAGGCGUUCGUCCAGAGUGGUCAGCUGAAGACGCAUCAGCGUCUGCACACCGGAGAAAAACCCUUCGUCUGCUCGGAGAAAGAGUGUGGCAACCGAUUCACGCACGCCAACCGUCACUGCCCCAAGCAUCCAUUCUCUCGCCUGAGGAGGGAGGAGCCAAAAGAGGGCACGGGCAAGGCGCAAUCUGUGGACAACAAGGCGGUGGCAGAGUGGCUGGCAAAGUACUGGCAGACCCGAGAGCAGCGCACCCCCACCACCUCCGGCAGCAAGGCGAAGGCGCAGGGCAAAGCCCGAACACAGGACCAGGAGCAGCGGGACCCCAUGGAGUUCCUCCAGUCUGACGAGGAGAACGACGAAGACGAAGAGAUGGCGGAGGAGGAGAAGGGCAGCCAGGGGGGAGCCGCCAAGCGUCGCCUCCAGGAGCAGCGAGAACGUCUCCAUGGUGCUUUGGCGCUCAUUGAGCUAGCCAACAAUCUGUCCGCCUGAGCGCCUCCCUCCUCGCCGUACUACUUCUGUCCAGCCCCAGUCGGCCUUCCUUCGGUUGUAGUGUGCUGUAGCUAGACCACCUUCAAGUACAGAUCUACUAGUUUCUUCUUGACUUCCAAGAAUUGACCUGAGAUUAGGAUUCACAACUUCCCGCACACCAUCAGCCCCCUCUCCUCCCCAGGAAGGCACAAGCUAAAGCACCUUAUUCAGCUUCCAUUUAUCCUUUUAGGCUGCUAUAGUAGAUGUAACAAUAUGAAGAAUGUCGCUCUUCUUUUCUGCCUUUUAAAGGCGAUCAAAGAGUACUUGUUGUGUUUUUAAGUUGUUUUCUUUUGCACUUUGACGGUAAUAAGUUUUUAAGCGAGUGAUUGUAAAUAUGGUUGAAAGUUUUGCGAACAGGGUGUACGCCUCACGAGUCGGACAGUUGCGGCUGCUUGUGGUUUCAGACGAUGAGCGUAUCUUUUGUGGGGAGUUUGGGUGGGGGGUCCUUCUCGUGAGACCGUCAGGUGAUCAUUGCAAGCCUAAUCCACUUUUCGCAGCAUUGUCAUCUCACCGCAUUGGGUCUGCGUCACAUUGCGUGCACUUAAAACGGUUUUCCACCAAGCAGUGUAGUACCAUGGAGUUGUUUUUGUUCUCUUUUCUUUCUCUCCUUCUCCCGUGUCUUAGCCUUAUUUAGUUCUGAGGUACUUAAAAAUAAUCUGGGUUGUCUUUCCACUGCAGGUGGCAGAAUGCAACCCAGUUGUAAUUUUUUUUUAGUCGGCACUGUUUGUUUCCUUCACAUUCAGUUGACUCAUCAUAACUUUAAUGAUUCUGCUGACCAAUCGGGACGGCAGUGUCUGGUACCAUUUUACACCACUGCUUGCUAGAAAUGGGGUGUCACGUUUUGGUACCCGACGCAGGGGUGCACAACCGAAAUGGGAGCGCUUGAACCUGUCUGUUGAUCAGGGUUGACUUUUCCAAAUUAUGCUGCUUGGUGGAAACCGAGGUCAGGAUAUCAUGGUUUACCUUUGUUGUCUUUUAUAUUAAAAGGUAGUAAAUUAGUUCUAAACUCAUUGAGUCUUCUAUCCGAUUGAAAUCCAAAUGACACCUUUUGGGGAUGUUUUGGUCAGUAUUUAAAAUAAAAGGAAAGCACUUGCGUUUUAAAAUAAAUGCUGGAUUACGCUUGCAAUGUCUGUGAUAACUUUGGGGGAAAUUGCUUCCGUUUGUCUGAAAUAGAUUUAUUUUUUUGUGUGUGUGUGUUUGCUGGUUUUUAUGUUUGUCUUUUCAGCAACACUACGUAAAAACACCGUAUCAAGCUGCGUAAUAGCCCUACUUGAGUGAUCUUUGUUGGUUUUUACAAGGAAACUUGCAGCCAAAAUACUUAUAAUUGGAUUUGGAAAUGUCCUGCGAGGCGAAACUGGAAGUUAGUCGUCGAUACUCAAGUCACCAAAUGUUUAUUGUAUCCGAUGAUAAUCUAAUCUGAAGCAUUUCUAACCCGUAGUCGUUUUGUGUAUGUGUGGUUUGACAAAAUGAUGGCAUUUUAAUAUAUACAGAUUGUUAGAAAUAAUAUUGAUGAUUUACAAACAGAUUGGACGUGGAAUUCUAGCAUCACUUCUCUUCUAUGUUAACAUACUCCUGACACAGUUUGUAUAGAAUGACUCUUUGCUUGCUUGUUAGAAGUUUGUAUAAUUACAAAAAAGUGUGGGCUUCCCCUAACAAGCUGUACCUUCAUAACAUUGUUGGAUUUCAAUAAACAUCCACAGAUCCUGACAC